AGAUUUUUUUUUUUUUUUUUUUGUGGUGAAAUUCGGGUUGUUCAUCUUUUUUUGUGUGUGUUUUGUGAAUAACUAGGUAGCUUAUUCUUCUUCUUUUUUUGUGCCAAUUCCCCAGACGACGACCUAGCGGAAGUUCAAGGCGUGGUUACGAAGGAGGGCCUCUUCGACGGCCACGUGGCCACGCCCAACGAGCUCUACUACCUAGAGCCGGCCAGCAGGUACCUGGACCAACCGGAAUUCCAUUCGGUGAUGUACAAGGCGUCGGACGUGGCCCACCCGACGCUCUCACGGUGUGCCUCGCAGCAGCUGCACUCCCGGGGCCGCGUCCACACCCCCUGGGGGGCUCCGACCCACCGCGACCCCCUGGGUGCCCCCGCUGGUCCAGAGAGGCUGCCCGCACGAGGCACUCUCGGGACCCCAAGGCCUUCGCUUCAUUCUUCCAUUUCGUCCAGUGCGGCGCCGGCCCGGGGGGGAGGCGCCGCGCCGUCGCCCAGGCCGCACGGUUUCAAUCCCAAACAUAAGGCUGUGACAAGUAGUAAAAGUUUAUACGAUUCCACUAGUGAUUCCCACACCCACCGCGGCUACUCCAGUGCACCUGCUACCUCCUCCUCCUCCUCUUCCUCGGCCCCUUCCCCUGCCUCCCCCUCCCCCCUGAGCCGCGCCCCCGCCCCCACAGCGCCUCAAGGCCAAGCUAGCCGUCAUAGAGAUUCACCCACAAAGAAAUUUACUUUUGAUAACAAGCAAUCGUCUUUUGUAAGUCAGUUCAAACUCUCCCGGGAGGCCGCGAGCAGCCCGGUCCCCGACGGUGCUCACACAACAACCACCCUACUUCCCCUCGAAGCUUCCCCCUCCCCCUCUUCCCCCUCUUCCUCCUCCUCCUCCUCCUCAGCGUCGACCCAAAACACUUCGUCCACCUCGGAGGUCGACGACCACCGCGUCCAUGACGACCGCCGCCAGCUGGACUUCGACCUGGUGUACGAGCCCACAGGCGGGAGGGACGACCACGCGCUCCCGAGGUCGUGGAACGACACUCGACGGAGGGCGGAAGGCGCUUCGCAAGAGCUUCCAGACUUCGGUCACCCUUGGCCCAGAAGAAGUGCGAGGAGGAAGCGCUCCGGCGUCGACCCGAAGAAGACCACGUGCAUGCUGUACCUGCAGGCGGACCACCUCUUCUACGAGAAAAUCGGCUCGGAGGAGGCGUGCAUCGAGGCCAUCACGCGCCACGUCCAACGGGUCAACAACAUCUACAAGGUUACAGACUUCGACCUGGACACCAAGGCGGACGAGAUCGGCUUCAUGAUCAAAAGGAUCAAGAUCCACACGCCGGAGGCCCUGAAGGACCCGACCUACCGCUUCCCGGGCAACUAUGGCGUCGAGAAGUUCCUGGAGCUCUUUUCUGAGGAGGACUACGACGCCUUCUGCCUCGCCUACAUGUUUACGUACAGGGACUUCGAAGGAGGAACCCUGGGCUUGGCGUGGACGGGCGACCUGAAGAACGCCGGAGGAGUGUGCGAGAAGAACGGCCACUACCGAGGGAGUCUCAAGAGCCUCAACACGGGCAUCGUGACGCUCCUGAACUACGGCAAGCACGUGCCUCCGGCGGUGAGCCACGUGACUCUGGCGCACGAGAUCGGCCACAACUUCGGCAGUCCGCACGACCCCGAGUCCAACAAGCGCUGCACUCCCGGCGGCGAGGACGGGAACUACAUCAUGUUCGCCAGAGCGACUUCAGGAGACAAAAGAAACAAUAACAAGUUCUCGCCGUGCUCGCUGCAGCAGAUCAACAGCGUCCUCAACUCGAAGGCGCGCGACGUCAAGGGAUGCUUCACAGCGCCUCAGGCGGCCAUCUGCGGCAACGGGGUGGUGGAGAAGGGGGAGGAGUGCGACUGCGGCUGGGAGGAGGACUGCGAGGAGGCGUGCUGCUUCCCCAUGAAGUCCAGCCCGGGGAAGGGAGAGACGCCUUGCACCCUCAGGCCCAACAAGAUCUGCUCGCCCUCGCAGGGUCCGUGCUGCACGCAGAACUGCCACCUGAAGAAGGGCGACAAGUGCCGAGACGACAACGGCUGCCGCGACUCGUCCUACUGCAACGGCCGUGUCCCGCAGUGCCCGCCCUCCACCAACAAGCCCAAUAAGACGAUCUGCAACGAAGAGUUCGUGUGCUACAAGGGGGAAUGCACGGGAUCCAUCUGCCUGGCUUACGGGCUGGAGUCCUGCCAGUGCAAGAGGAAUCACGGAGAUCCGAUCACUAAGUCUUGCGAGCUCUGUUGCAAGCUUCCCGGGGAGAACCAACAAUGCCUGUCUUCCUUCGAGUGGAAUGUGCCUCCGUACGACAUCCCCGACAUGUACGCCAAGGCGGGCACUCCUUGCAACGACUACAAGGGCUACUGUGAUGUCUUCAAGAAAUGCCGUGAGGUUGAUCCCUCAGGGCCCUUGGCAACGCUACGGAAGCUCUUGCUAAGCGACGAGUCCUUAGCGAACCUCCAGCGGUGGAUUGUCAAACACUGGUAUGCCGUCCUCAUUGUCGUGCUGGCCGUCCUGGUGCUAUUGGUGGCAACAGUCAAAAUAUUCGGAAAGACGCCGGAGAAGCUGAAGCUGAAGAAAAUGACAGUCAUGCAUAAAAACUCUGGGACAACGCAUUACACCAUGCCUGCGAACGGAGCCACGUCCAACGGUGCCACAGCCAACGGCACAACGGCUAAUGGCACCACAGCCAAUGGCACUGCCGAUUCAUCAGCCAACCACGUGCACGUGCACCCGACGGUCGUCAGAGCCAACUUGCCCUUCAAGAGAAAAGUCAAUGAAGUGCGGCGAGCGGCCACGAAGGCCAAGCGGGCGGCCAAGAGCCAGCUGAGCCGCCCUGGCAAGAAGCCCAGCAGGCGCGCGGACGGUGCUGUCACCUCGCCCACGGAGUCCGAGAAGAGCGGCCCCGGAUCCAAGGAAGGGGCCGGCGCGACCAGCGAGAGCAGGGUCAAAGACAGGCUCUCCAGCAGAUUUUCCAUCAUUAGCUUCAAGACGUUCAGACCAAGAUCGCUUAGUCCAGAUAAACACAAGAGCAAAAGUCCAGACAAGAGGAAGUCCAAGAAUAGCAAUGACAAGAAGUCGAAGUCCAAGAGUUCGAAAAACCAUCACAGGAGUCGAAGCCCCGACAAGAAGCACAGGUCGAACGGCCACGGCGCGGAGUCGCCAGACAAGAACAGAAGGUCCCGGAGUCCCAACAAACGGGCCAGUCUGGAAGACGAACGAAGACGCUCCCGAAAUCACUCCGUCAGCCCAGACAAAAUUCGAAGAUCUUCCAGCCCAGACAAGAACCAGAAAUAUAAAGCGAGAAGUCCAGAUAAACAUCGGAAGAUGAGUGAAGGAAAUUGGCUCAUCAAUAAAUUCCUGGCUGAUGAGGAGAAAACUGCUAAGCCAGUGGUUAAUGGCUCUUUAAUGGGAUCAUUAAAUGGUUCGUUAAGCUCAGUCAACGCCAUCUUAGGACCUACCAGCAGCCCGCAGAUGGGUCCUGUUAGAAAUGGAUCAAUGCGAGGACUCCUGACGAGCGACAGCAACAGGGCCAGUCCUCUCAGGGGAUUCGUAAACGAGGCAUUCAUUAGUUCACCGCGAGGAGCCCGCACACACAGCUCACUCAGGGUAACGAAAUCAGUCAGUCCGGAAGGGCUGGACUUCGACUUAGGGCCGAGUAAGUAUCGUCGUUCUAUAAGCAUGGAAGCGUAUAACCGGCCGCCAGUGAGUCCGGACAAGAGAAAGCGCUCUGUGUUGGACGAGGGCCUCAGUCCAGACAAGAGAAGAAGGUUCAGCAGCCCCGAGAAAUCCCAAAAGCCCAACAGCCCAUCUAAAGAGCGCAGGUUCACGUGCCCCGAAAAGAACCAGAACCGACGUACUUUGGACAUGGAGAGGCGACGUUCCUCCGUCUCCCCUCUAUCCUCCAAGACCAACUCCUAUUCCUCGGUCCCUGAGCGUCUCCGGGAAAAGCUUUCCCUCAUUACUGCCAGUCCCUCUGGCAGUGUCGCCUCCAUCCUGCCCGCCACGGAGCACGCGGACACCGUAAGCCUUCACUCCACUCAUUCCUCACACUCAAACCGGUGCCAACCUAAAGACUGGGUAUAGAACUCAGAGGAUACUAGCCUCAAGGGUAUAGUAUUGGUACGUUUGAUAAAGUAUAUACCCGAUACCAUUACUGCCACACUGCUAUCACUUGAUAAUACUUGUGCGACGAGUGUAAAUGCAAGUGCUACUGCGAGUGAUUCGUUUGUCUGAUGUGUCGCCAGAACUAUUGCUAUAUUUUGUGCCAACAACUUUUUACAUUUACUCAUUUACAAAGUUGACAAGUUGUGACAGGAAAUUGGUCAUUUAAUCAUAUGCAUUUCGAUAAAAAAAAUGUCAAUGCGUAAAUGAGAAGGGAGAAUAGUAGUUGAUAUGAUUGUUGAUUUAUUUAAGAGCAUAUAAGGUGACGUGCUGUAAUACUCUAAUGGAUAAAUAUUUAAUGGGUAUUUAUUUAUAACACGAGGAUAUACAUCCCAUCAAUGCAGAGUGUCUGCUGAAACUAAUCUUAACCUUAGUCAUUAACACCUUUGCUUUGUGAUAAUAUUUUUACGUAAAUUGAUUUUGUAA